GGCCUUCUUCAUAGGCAAAGGAUGGAGAGGGCAAGAAUUGCUAGUGCCGCUAGAGCAAGUGAGUCUUUAAAAUGAAAAAAAAAAAAAAAAGGUUAGUUGAAGAGAAGAGGUGUAGCCUGGUGAGUUCAACGGAUGGAGCAGGCCAAAUGUCAAAACGGGCUGAGGGAUAUAUCCUACCUGUUUUCAAGCUCGGGUCUGGUUGAAUCGGUCCAACCGAUCGGGUCAAGCCAAGCCCAAAAACACUGGGAAUUUCAUGAGCCUAUCUUUUCAAAGCAAAAGUCAGACAACAUGAAGGAUGAAGAAUGGAGGCUGCUCCAUAGGCGAGUGUGUGGAUUUAUCCGGCAGUGGAUUGAUGAUAGUGUGCUAAAUCAUAUCAAUAAUGAAACUAGUGCAUGCACACUAUGGACAAAGCUAGAUGAGCUUUUUCGGGCGAAGACUGGGCAAAAUAAAUUAUGCUAUAUAAAGCAAUUGAUGUACUCAAGAUACAAAGAUGGCACUCCCACAGUAGACCAUAUUAAUAAUUUCCUUGGCAUCAUCAAGGAGUUAGCCAAUUUGGGCAUAGAAUUUGAUGAUGAGGUGAAUGGUCUGAUUCUUCUCAACACCUUGCCGGAAUCAUGGGAGAGUUUUAGAUCAACAAUGAUCAACUCAUCUCCUAGUGGUAAAGUCACACUGGAAAUCGCCAAAAAUAGAAUCUUUAAAGAAGAAAAAAGGAUGCGGGCACUGAGAAUCUUCUCACAAUCAGAUACUCAAGCUCCAGUCAUGAAGAAUAGAAGCAGGAGUAAGACCAGAGAACCCAAAGGACGAGGAGGAAAAGAUAAGAAAAAGGUUGAAGAUAGUAAUAAUACUGCUGUAGCAUCUACCAGUGGCAGUGACGUGACUCUACUAUGUGAUUGUGGGGAGUGCUGCCAUGCAGAAAACACGGACGCUAAGUGGAUAAUUGAUUUUGAUGCCUUUUAUCACUGUGUUCCCAAAAGGGAAUAUUUUUCAACAUACAAAGCAGGAGACUGUGGCACCAUAAAAAUGGGAAACAAGAGUGUUUCUCAUAUUAUGAGAGUUGGUGAUAUUUGUGUCCAGACAAACGUUAGGUGCACAUUGACAUUGAAAAAUGGGCGACAUAUUCCCGAUAUGCAUAUGAAUCUGUUGUUUGCAAAAGCAUUGGAUGAAAAAGGAUACGCGCACUACUUCGGGAGUGGUAACUGGAAACUCACCAAAGGAUCAUUGGUGGUGGCAAAAGGGGGAGCAUGUUGCUCAUUAUACAAGACACACAUGAAAACGUGUGGAGGUCAACUGAACACAGUUGAAGAUGAGGGUUCUCCAAAUUUAUGGCAUAAAAGAUUAGCUUACAUGAGCAAGAAAGGAUUGCAACUUUUGGCUAAGCAGUCCUUUAUUCCCACUACCAAAGGUGAACAUGUGAAUCCUUGUGAUGUUUGCCUAUUUGGAAAGCAACACCAAGUUUCUUUUCAGAAGAAUUUGACUCGGAAAGAGAACAAGCUGGACUUGGUCUACUCUAACGUUUAUGGCCCCUGGAGACUAUGGGACCCGGAAAAGAAGAAAACUGUCAAAAGUAAAAAUGUCGUGUUUCAUGAACACGAGAAAAUUAAUGAUUUGAAGGAGGAAAAAGCUAUAAGAAGCUCUGGAGAAGGUGUAGAAGAUCUUCCACCGGAAAAACCUCCUUCAAGAAAAAUUACAAAUGAAGAAGAGAUGCAAGUACCAGAAGACGAGACAAAGGAGCCCAUAAUUGAAAAAGAUGAAGCAAUGGUGAAAAUGAGCUCAAUUCGAGUUGUGCUCGGUCUAACAACAAGCAUGAAUCUUGAGCUUAAACAGUUAGAUGUGAAAACUGCAUUUCUUCAUGGUGACUUGUAUGAGGAAAUUUAUAUGGAUCAGCCAGAAGGUUUUAAAGAAGAAGGGAAUGAGCACAUGGUUUGCAAGUUGAAGAAAAGCUUGUAUGGACUAAAACAAGCUCCAAGACAGUCGUUAAAAGAGGAGUUAUCAAAGUCCUUUGACAUGAAGGACUUGGGACCAACAAAGCAAAUUUUGGGUAUGGCUAUUACCCAUGAUAGAAAAGCUGGGAAGCUGUGGUUAUCACAUGAGAAGUAUGUUGAAUGGAUGCUUGAAAGGUUCAACAUGAAACAUGCUAAGCCAGUUAGCACUCCUCUUGCAAAUCACUUCAAGUUGAGUAAACAAUCUUGUCCAAAUACCAAAGAAGAAAAAGAGAAAAUGUCAUCCAUUCAUUAUUCUUCUACAGUUGGUUCAUUGAUGUAUGCAAUGGUAUGUACAAGGCCAGACAUUUCUCAUGCUAUUGGUGUCGUGAGUAGAUUCUUGUCUAAUCUAGGCAAGAUUCACUGGGAAGCUGUUAAGUGGAUCUUCAGAUAUCUGAGAAGAACUACCAAGUUGUGUUUGACAUUUGGGCAAACUAAACCAAUUCUAAAGGGAUACACAGAUGCAGACAUGGCAGGUGACCUUGAUAAUAGAAAAUUUAUUUCAGGGUAUCUGUUCACUUUUGCAGGGGGAGCUGUGUCAUGGCAAUCAAAAUUGCAGAAGUGUGUUGCCUUGUCAACAACCGAAGCUGAAUACAUUGCAGCUACAGAAGCUGGUACAGAGAUGCUUUGGAUGAAGAGAUUCCUACAAGAAUUGGGAUUGAAGUAGAAAGAGUAUGUAGUAUUUUGAGACAGUCAAAGUGCUAUAGAUUUGAGCAAGUAUACCAUGUACCAUACCUGAACAAAACAUAUAGAUCUGA